AUGUCGGCACUCGAAGAGCCAGACCAUCCGCUGCAUCAUGAAUGGCCAGAAUUUAUUCCUCAAGAUCUUUUCGUCCAGAUUUUCCAACCAUUUCUAUCGCGGCUCGACUACCUCAAACGUUUUCAAUUCCUUGCGGUGGAGCGCGAUUCAGCAGGCGACCACCAUAUAGUUGGACUUGGUCGAUCUGCCCCGUUCUUUUGGCCGGAAGUCGCUACCCUCCACCCUGAUGAAGUGGUCUCCCAGAACCGCAAGGUGCUGAAUACCCUUCCAGAUGGUGGCUUUGAUACGGUCCUUGCACGCGGGGUGCAGCAGUGUCUUGCUCGAGAAGGUCUGCUGUUAGAGCCACUCAUCCUUGGCCCAGAGCAACAGAAGGAUGUUGCAACUAGUCAAUCCAAAUCCCCGCCAAAUGCCCUAUCAGCAGUGUUAGUCUCCGUCCGACCGGAUCGUCGCCAGAAAGGGAUAGCAGAGGGACUUCGGACGCUGGUCGUGCCACUGCGGCCCACGAUGAAGCCCAAGCAUCCUCAUGUCGACAUAGCGGACUAUAUCCAAUGGACGGCCGACGACAGCAGCAGCGGCGACAACAACAACAACAACAACAACAACAACAACAACAACAACAACAACAACAACAACAACAACAACAAUGACCACCACCACAAGGAUGAUCCCGGCCUAGAGCCUGCAACGAGCAAGCCGUUUGACCCAUGGCUGCGCAAACAUCUCCGGCUGGGUGGCAAAGUUAUUAAAGUUGCCCGACAGAGCAUGUUGGUGCGGGGCAGAGCAAACAAUGGCAACAAUGGACGGGGAUCGACUUUUGAGUCCAGUGCUUCUUUUUCGCUACAAGAAUCAGGCCAAAAAAAUCUCGACCACAUCGAUGUCGUGGUCCCCCGUGGGUUGGUGCCAAUACGAUAUUCUAUUAAGGGGAGGAUCGGUGUUUAUGUGGAACCGAAUGUGUGGAAUUACAGUAAGGUGAUAUCAAAGCUAUAGUAUACUUAUAAU